ACCAAAACUCCUCAAACCUUCACUUCCAUUUUCAACACAAAAAACUACCGAUCAUCGCAUCUCCAAAUCAUCUUCAAUUUCACAAAUCUCACUCCACAACGAACUAAAAUCUCAUCGAGCUACACGCAGAUUCAUCGAUUGAUCGAUCAGAAAUCAGAUCUGAAAUCUCAAACAAAUUCAGCAACCGUACGGAUCUGAUCCGUCGAUGGCAGGGGCGGCCUCUGCGCUGUUCCUUCUCGACAUCAAAGGCCGUGUUCUGGUGUGGCGCGACUACCGAGGCGAUGUUUCUGCAGUGCAGGCUGAGCGGUUCUUCACUAAACUCAUAGAGAAAGAGGGUGAUCAAGACGCUCAAGAUCCUGUUGUAUAUGAUAAUGGUGUCACCUAUAUGUUUGUACAACACAACAAUGUAUAUCUGAUGACUGCAUCGAGGCAAAACUGUAAUGCUGCUAGCCUUCUCCUGUUUCUACAUCGUGUAGUUGAUGUAUUUAAGCAUUACUUUGAGGAACUAGAGGAGGAAUCACUUAGGGACAACUUUGUGGUCGUGUAUGAAUUGCUUGAUGAAAUGAUGGACUUUGGUUACCCUCAAUUCACGGAAGCUAAAAUUCUCAGCGAGUUUAUCAAGACCGAUGCUUACAGGAUGGAAGUUACACAGAGGCCUCCUAUGGCUGUCACAAAUGCAGUGUCUUGGCGUAGUGAAGGGAUACGAUACAAGAAGAAUGAGGUGUUUUUGGAUGUUGUGGAGAGUGUGAAUAUACUCGUCAACAGUAACGGUCAAAUAGUUAGGUCAGAGGUUGUUGGGGCGCUGAAGAUGAGAACUUAUCUGAGUGGUAUGCCUGAGUGUAAACUUGGGCUGAACGAUAGAGUACUAUUGGAGGCACAAGGACGAUCUUCUAAGGGAAAAGCUAUUGACUUGGAUGACAUCAAGUUUCAUCAGUGCGUGCGUUUGGCCCGUUUUGAAAAUGACCGGACGAUAUCUUUUGUACCUCCUGAUGGAGCUUUUGACCUCAUGACAUAUCGACUAAGUACUCAGGUAAAGCCUCUAAUAUGGGUGGAAGCUCAAAUUGAAAGGCAUUCUAGAAGCCGUAUGGAAAUAACCGUGAAAGCACGGAGCCAAUUUAAGGAGCGUAGCACUGCAACAAAUGUUGAGAUUGAAUUACCUGUGCCUGCUGAUGCAACCAAUCCAAAUGUUAGGACUUCCAUGGGAUCAGCUGCCUAUGCACCAGAAAGCGAUGCCCUUAGCUGGAAAAUAAAAUCAUUUCCAGGUGGCAAGGAAUACAUGUUGAGAGCAGAGUUCAAACUUCCUAGUAUAACAGCGGAAGAAGCAGCCCCGGAGAGAAAAGCUCCUAUUCGUGUGAAGUUUGAGAUACCAUAUUUUACAGUUUCAGGAAUACAGGUCCGUUACCUUAAAAUCAUUGAGAAAAGCGGUUACCAGGCUCUUCCAUGGGUGCGAUAUAUAACAAUGGCAGGCGAAUAUGAACUAAGGCUCAUGUGAAACCUUAUUCCAAGCAAGUGUUUUGUAUUUAAAUACAUUUACAAUUUAAAUGAGUUGUUCGUCAAGCAAAAAUUUUACUCUCAUGCACCGGUUUUUGUAUUUGUUGUGCACAAUCAUCAGUAAUCUUUACUACGAUUGAAUAUAACACAAUUCUUCAUGUUUUAGGUUAGAGGUGAUGGAUGAAUAAGUUGAGUGAUUGAGUAAACGUGUUUGGGCUAGUUCGCCAUCCAUUUAGUGUUACGAGGGGUCCAUAAGAUGUAGACAUAAACGUCUUGAUGGGUGGAUGUUGUGACAAACAGCCAUCCGACUUUCGGAAGAAAAUUCGUUUGUUUAGCUCUUGGACACCUUUUAGUUGGUUUUCUUCAGUUUUAGUAUUGUUUUGAUUUCAUUUUCUUGUAAAAACACACUAUUUUUGUUUGAUUUCAUUUCUCUUUGUAAAAACACAGUAUUUUUAUUUGAUUUCAUUUUCAUUGUAAAAACACGUGAACCAUGGAUUUUAUUAAAACGUAUUUUUAUUA